UCCCUAAACUUCGUUUGUGUGGACUUUCUGUUUUGCAGUGAUUUGAUUGCUUGGUCUCAGCUAUGCGAGUUGGCGCGGACUGGACACACCUCGUCCUGCACCCCCACUGAGACUCCCCUCCUCGUCUUCCUCAUCUUCCUCAUCUUCCUCAUCCACACUGACAGGGAAGAAGAGUUCACUGUAGUGUCGCCCCGUCGCUCUCCAGGGUGGAAGAUGUCCGCUGGCUUUUUCCGGGCCUGAGCCAGUUUAGGAAGAUCUCCCCCCCUCGAAAAGCCUCGUCAAGAAAAAACGCCAACGCCAUCGUCUCCGUGGUGUACUCGGGUUGUCCCUCAGCGGCUGCCGUCUGUCUCUGUAAACACGGAGCCGUAUGGCUGUGAAGCGGCCCGGGAUUAACGCGGAGUUGACGGCUAUGUGUGUGGUGCCAGGCCGAGGCGAGGCAGGGCUGGAGAUGCCUUCAGGCUAGCAGCGCUAACCUUAGUCAGAUCCACGUUGUUUAGGUUUGGUAGACAGUCUGCAAUCAGCCAGACGGUCGGUGUUGACAAGAAGUAUGCUUCGUUAGUUAACCCUUAAAACAACCCUGACAGUGAUCUGACACGCGAGGCACCACAUUAGGCUCGCGAGCACAACAACAAAAGCUUCACUAAGACGUCCAGUUUUGGGGUUUAAGCACCUGUUGUAGCUUGUAAACCACAACAACAGGACCAAUCCGUGGACCAUGGAGGGAAACGUACAGCAACAGAAGACUACACCUCUGGCUCGUGAACUGACGAGGAUAUUUAACAGCUACAACAAACACACCAUUCAACUAAAGAAGAAUUUAAAGGAGACUAAUGCGUUCUUCCGGGAAAUAAGGCAAAACUACAGCAAUGCUUGUGCAUCGACCAUGAGCUCGGAUUCAGCUUCUUUUGAGGCAGGCCAGCUCAGCUGCAUCUCUUUCCCCAGCCAUGAAGAAGAGUUUCUGCGUAACACAGUGGGCGCUGCCCCGUACAUCCUGGUACUAGGCCAGGACUGUGCCGCCCGCUACCAGCUGCUUAACUGCCUUCUAGGGGAGAGGUUGUUGCCACUGGGCCCAGAGGCCGGAGAGGCUUGUGAAGGAGUCGAGGGCACUGCCUGCAAGAGGCGGAAGCUGUGUUUCACCCAUGGGAGACAGACACGGCUCAGCCUGGCACUGCCGGGCCAGUAUGAGCUGGUGCAUCAGCUGGCGGCUAACUGUGGUCGGUGGGACACGGUGCCCCGGGAAGACCUGGAGAUCCAUGAGGAAUGUGAGGACCCAGCACACAGGCUAGCAGAGCUGGAGAUCACCCUACAUCACCCACUGCUACAGGAAGCAAAGGUCAUGGUGGUACCUUGUCCGAGUGUCCAGCCCAUAGAAGAGGCCCUGGAAGACUUCACCCGCACUGUCAUCCCCAUCAUACUCUAUGCCAUCAACCAGGACUCCCUAAGCACAGAGCGUGUGGCGGAGCUCUGGAAGGUCAAAGAGAUGCUCCCCUUUCCCAUCUGUUUUAUUCGGAUCCCCGACACAAUGCCAGCAGCCUCCCCAGAACCCGUCAGCCGUGCGGAGAGGGAAAAGGAGAGGGAUAGGGAGAAGAGCGCCCUCCAUAAGCAGCUGCUGUCCCUCGGCUUCCUCACCAGCCCAAUAGGAAACUGCUCCUGUGGCGCCCCCACACAGACACCCGCCCCGGGUGCCAAGCCCCAGAGCGUGCUGGGAGAGGCUUUCGAAAGGCUGCAUCGGUUACUGGUUCCUUUUGCUCGCCAGGUGCUUCAAAAUCAGCAGGUGGAGGCUGCAAACCUGCUUAAUGGGGUUCAUUGUCGCUGUCUAGAUCUUUUCAUCAACCAGGCCUUUGACAUGCAGAGGGACCUGCAGAUAACGCCCCGCAGGCUGGAGUACACCCGUGAGAAAGAGGGUGAACUGUUCACCUCCCUUAUGGCCAUCGCUAACCGUAAACAGGAAGAGAUGAAGGAGAUGAUUGUGGAAACGCUCGGCAGCAUGAAAGAGCAGCUGCUGGAGGAUGCUGCCAAUCUGGAGUUUACAGACAUCAUCGUAACAACUAAUGGAGAGCCUGUUACAUCGAAGGAGAUCAAAUCUUGCAUCCACCAGAUCCAGGAGCUGAUAGUGGUUCGUUUGAAUCAGGCCGUGGCUAAUAAGCUGAUCAGCUCUGUGGACUAUCUAAGGGAGAGCUUCGUGGGAACUCUGGAGCGAUGUCUCAACAGUCUGGAGAAGUCACACAUGGAUUCUUCUGUCCACAAUAUCACCUCCAAUCACCUCAAACAGUUAUUAAAUGCUGCCUAUCAUGUGGAGGUCACAUUUCAUUCAGGAUCCUCUGUCUCAAGACUCUUCUGGGAGCAAAUCAAACAGAUAAUCCACAGGAUAACGUUCGUGAACCCUCCUGCCGUCACUCCGGAGUGGAAGCGGAAAGUGGCCCAGGACGCCAUAGAAAGUCUCAGUGCUGCCAAACUGGCCAAAAGCAUUUGCUCCCAGUUUAGAACCCGGCUCAACAGCUCCCAUGAGGCCUUUGCAGCAUCUCUGCGCCAGCUGGAGGAAGGGCACACGGGUCGUCUUGAGCGCACUGAGGACCUGUGGCUGCGUGUAAGGAAGGACCACGCCCCCCGGCUGGCCCGCCUGUCUCUGGAGAGCCGCUCCCUCAGGGAUGUGCUGCUGCACGGCAAGCCUAAGCUCGGCCGAGAGUUGGGUCGGGGCCAGUACGGAGUUGUGUACUUAUGUGACAGCUGGGGAGGACACUACCCGUGUGCCUUAAAGUCUGUGGUACCACCUGAUGAUAAACACUGGAACGACCUGGCUUUAGAAUUUCACUACACAAGGUCGCUGCCCAAGCAUCCGCGGCUCGUGGACCUGCAUGGCUCUGUGAUCGAUCACACCUACGGAGUCGGCUCCGGCAUCGCUGUGCUGCUCAUCAUGGAGCGGCUGCACAGAGACCUCUAUACAGGCCUGAAGGCCGGUUUAUCACUGAGAGAGAGACUUCAGAUCGCCCUGGAUGUGGUGGAGGGGAUCCGCUUCUUGCACGGCCAGGGCCUCUUACACAGAGAUAUAAAGCUAAAGAAUGUUCUGCUGGACAAACAAAAUCGUGCAAAGAUCACCGAUCUGGGCUUCUGUAAGCCAGAGGCCAUGAUGUCUGGCAGCAUCGUUGGAACCCCGAUCCACAUGGCUCCAGAGCUUUUUACAGGAAAGUAUGAUAACUCAGUUGAUGUUUACGCCUUCGGGAUCCUUUUCUGGUACCUCUGCACUGGUUCAGUUAAACUCCCAGAAGCCUUUGAGAAAUGCUCCAGUAAGGACCAGCUCUGGAAUAACGUUAAAAAAGGGGCCAGACCUGAACGGUUGCCCACUUUUGAUGAGGAAUGCUGGCAGCUGAUGGAGGCCUGCUGGAACGGGGACCCUUCCCAGAGGCCCCUGCUCGGUAUUGUGGAGCCCAGCCUGCAAAGCAUCGUGGUCCGGCUCUGCAACUGUGGCUCGGAACAGAAAAGAAGCAGCCUCGACGACUCAAACUGAAAACACUCCAGACAAACUAACAAACGUGUGACAGGGACUCUGAUCAGGAAAUUAUUUUUCUUGUAUUUAUGAAGUACGGAGAUGAACAGGUGACCAAUGAAUAAUGUUCGAGCUGUCCUCCUUUUGUUGGAUUUACAUUAUUUAUGAGAAGUUGAUACAGAUCAGAAGUUUGCAAAUAUGUGUGUUUUAUUGUUUGUGCUUUGUGCAUUUGUAUACAAGCUCUUCAACAUGCUUUUGUGGUAGUUGCCGUGCUAAUUGCUUCUUGGUCAUAGGAUUGUUACUAGAUGCAAAUUGUUUUAAAAGUAGUCCAUUCCCAGUGUUAUAAAAAAAUAUAAAUAUAUAAAAGAUUAAUUUUAGAUUGUAUUUAAACUGAACAUGUCUGCAUCUAUACAAAUACAUCUUUUUUAAUAAAAUGAUCUGUUACAACUCAA